ACUUUCUCUCUCCCUCGGAUUUUGAUUUUUGACGACCUCACAAGUCACACCCCCUUCUUUUCUCCACCUCCUCCAUUUUCUCUCUCCCCUUUUUCCUCCCACUCUCAAACACUACCCCAUUUCUCCAACACUAAUACAAACAUAACUCUUCUUUCCUUACAUACUACAUCCAUUACUCACAGUAGAGCGAGACGCAGAAAUCAAGCUGAACGAUUCCUUUUUUAUCCAGUAUCUAGAAAUCUCAACAAUUUUUCUCUGUUUCUUAUUAUAGGCUGAUUUUUGAGUUUAUUCAGAGGUUUGUUCAAAUUUUGUGUAUGUUCAUCAAAAGUGGCUCAGACUUUGGGAUUAUUCAGAGGUUUUCCAAGGGUUUGGCUGAUUUUUGAGCUUAUUAGAAGAUAUAAAGGUGUCGGAUGAGAGAUCUGUAUUGAAAACUUUCCUUUUUCAAACUCAAAUAAUUUUAUUGGUUGAUUUUUAAAAUGAGUUUAUCGGAAGUAUCGAUCAAAGCUACAGCUGAUAAAGCAGGAGAACAGGUUUCCGUCGCCGGAAAAGAUGCUGUAGUGGAUCCGGAAACAGCGCUGUAUAAGGAGUUGUGGCAUGCUUGUGCUGGACCUUUGGUGACCGUACCUCGUAUAAAUGAGCUUGUUUAUUACUUUCCUCAAGGACAUAUUGAGCAGGUAGAAGCAUCUACCAAUCAAGGUGCUGAACAGCAAAUGCCUGUGUAUAAUCUUCCUUGGAAGAUCCUUUGUCGUGUUAUUGAUGUACAAUUGAAGGCUGAACCAGACACAGAUGAGGUUUAUGCUCAAAUCAUGCUACUGCCUCAAGGAAAAGAGAAUUCCGGGGAGAAGGAAUCUUCUCCAAUCCCUCAGCCGCAUUUUCAUGUCCAUUCGUUUUGCAAGACAUUGACGGCUUCUGACACGAGUACACAUGGGGGGUUUUCGGUGCUUAGACGACACGCUGAUGAAUGUCUUCCUCCCUUGGAUAUGUCUCGACAACCACCUACUCAAGAAUUGAUGGCCAAGGAUCUUCAUGGAAAUGAAUGGCGUUUUAGACAUAUUUUUCGGGGUCAACCAAGGAGGCAUCUGCUUCAGAGUGGUUGGAGUGUGUUCGUUAGUUCAAAAAGACUUGUGGCUGGUGAUGCAUUUAUUUUUCUCAGAGGUGAGAAUGGUGAACUUCGUGUUGGAGUGAGACGUGCUAUGAGGCAACAAGAUGUUGUGCCUUCAUCUGUUAUAUCAAGUCACAGCAUGCAUCUUGGUGUUUUGGCUACAGCAUGGCAUGCUUACAACUCCGGAACAAUGUUUACUGUUUACUACAAACCUAGGACAAGUCCUGCUCAGUUCAUUGUUCCUUAUGAUCAAUAUAUGGAGUCAGUGAAGAACCAAUACUCAAUAGGUAUGAGAUUUAAGAUGAGAUUCGAAGGGGAAGAGGCUCCAGAGCAAAGAUUUACAGGCACUAUUGUUGGUGUUGAAGAUGCUGAUCCUAAUAGAUGGCAAGACUCAAAAUGGAGGUGUUUGAAGGUUCGCUGGGAUGAAACUUCCACUAUUCCUCGUCCAGAUAGGGUCUCUCCCUGGCAAAUUGAACCUGCUCUGAGUCCUCCGACAAUAAAUCCACUCCCAAUGACUAGAGGAAAGAGGCCUCGUGCAAAUGUGGUGACUCAGUCUUCUGACUCUUCUGUUCUUACAAGAGAAGGUUUUUCUAAAGUGGUAGCAGACCCUUCACCUGUUGGUGGGUUUUUAAGGGUCUUGCAAGGUCAAGAAUAUUCAUCCUUGAAACCCAGCCUUUUAGACAGCAAUGAGUCUGAUACUGUUGAGAAACCAAAUGCAUGGUCUAAUUCAGUUGACAAGGGAAAAGUCAAUAAUGCCAAUGGCUCACUGAAAUAUCCUUCAGAAAAUUUUAUGCCUUCCAUGAGGCCUGAACCAGCAUUUGCUGAUCUGCUAUCAGGUUUUGGUGUCCAAAAUGAAUCAGCUUCUGGAUCCCACGCGCCUUAUCAAACUACAGCUAGUUCGCCAAUGAAAAAGCAUAUGCUUGAUCAAGAUGUCAAAUUUAAUAUGCUAGGAAGUUCCUGGUCUAUAAUGCCUGCAAAUCUCUCACUAAAUUUGUCGGAAUCUAGUAUGAAGCAUCAUUCACCCAGUUGCAAUGUGUCAUAUCAAGGGCAAGGUAGUGCGAGGUAUAGAGGAGGCUUCAAUGAAAUGCAAAUGCUCCGCAGUCAUAGAAUUGACCAUCAGAAUGGAAGCUGGCUGAUGCCUCCACCACCGUUUUAUUUUGAUAAUCAUACCCAAUCCAGAGAUGCUGUGACACAGCCUUCUCAGAUUGAGCAAGAACCUAAUAAACCGAAGGAUGGGAGCUAUAAAUUAUUUGGCAUUCCCCUGAUUAGUAGUUCUACCACACAAGACUCUUCUAUUUUGAGCAGAAGCGUUAUUGAGCCUGCUACUCUUAUAUCUCCCGUAUCACUUCGAUUACAUAACAGUGAUUCAGAUCAAAGUUCAGAACAGUCCAAAAGCUCCAAACAAAUGGAUUGUGUGCCUCCUUGUAGUGAGCAGGAAAAGAAAAGGCCAAAUUCCCAGUCACUUUCCAGGGAUGCACAAGCAAAAGCACACGGUGGAUCCUCUAGGAGCUGUACCAAGGUACACAAGCAGGGAAUUGCACUUGGGAGGUCAGUGGACCUCUCAAAAUUUAGUAACUAUGAUCAGUUGGUUGAAGAAUUGGAUUGCUUGUUUGAUUUCAAUGGGGAACUGAAGACCAAUGAGAAGAAUUGGCUGAUUGUUUACACAGAUGAUGAGGGUGAUAUGAUGCUGGUUGGUGAUGAUCCAUGGCAGGAAUUUGUUGGGAUGGUGCGCAAAAUUUUCAUCUACACAAAGGAGGAAGUACAGAAGAUGGCACCUAGGACUUUGAACUUCAGGAAUGAAGAUAAUGUUCCAACUACAGGUGGUUCAGAUUCCAAAGAAGCUAAACAGUCAAUACCUUCAUCGGCAUCUAAUGCUGAGAGCCAUUAGAAUAAGGCCUUGUGGCUUUAGCCACUUUUUGGCAGGUUGGUUCUAAGUUGGGAUCAAUAUACGAGUAAUUGCAUUUGGUAGGGUAUUGUUGGGACUGUGUAGGCUUGGCAAUGAGCCAUCUUGAAGAGGGAACAUUUGAUAAAGUCCGUGUCUAAUCUACUCCCAAUUUUCAACAUAUUUCUGGAGUCAUUUGUCGAGCCAUAUACAUAAUUAUAUAUGUAUACCUUAAUUGAAAAGAGGCAUUAUUAGCCUUGCAGCCUGAAUCAAUCUGUAAAAAGCCUAUCUUAUCCUGACCAGCCUUUUGAUGUAAGUGCUUACGUAUCUAAUGAUUCAUCUAUUAUGUGAUUCCGUUUCCUCACCCUUGAAGCUGCAACGUGCUGAUAUUUCUCCCCCGUGCUUGUGUGAGGGCUAUGAAGUUGGGAGCUUGUGCACGACCUCUACAUUAAGAUUUUGCUAUAAGAUAGCAGAUGCAAAUUCAGAUACCGGCUGCUGCGUGUAGCUAGCAAAUGCUUGGCAGGUGCGUUUAAUUUAAGUUGGUCUGGUGUAUCCUCACCUAGAACCAAUUUUGUAGGUUGGCAGUGUGCUUCUUAGUCAAAGUUCUAGGAUAAAAGGAACUGGAGUAUACCAAAUUAGAUUUGACAGAAAUAUUAGUUUUCUGUACGCAAGUAUUUGUGGUUCAGGAGGGACGUAUGCGGAUUAACUAGAUUUAUAGUAGUAAUGUACAGUUAGUAUAUGUAAUUAGUACCUGUAUUGAGUAUGUAGUUUUUGUCUUUAUUUUUAACUGUGUAUUUACAUAAAUGAGAUGUUUUGCAUGUGGAUGUAUAGGCACCGUUCAUAAAAAUCAUGUUUGGUGCUAUUCACUAAAUUUUAUAAAUUAACAUGUUAAA